ACCUUCUCUUCUUUUCUCUCCACGUCUUUUUCUCUCUGUUUUCCCCCUCCUUUGUCCUAGACUCGUACUUGAGUCCCUUUUUCAAUUUCUUUCCCCUUUUUUUACAGGACCUGUUCGUGUCCUUCUCCGCCCACAAUGGGUUUCAUUGGCAAUGCCAUCUACUUCGCUUUCCACCCGAUCCAAUUGAGGUCGAUCAUUCAAUGGAAAGUCUGGCACAACCCGCCCCAUGAGCGUAAUGAGAAGAAUGAUACGGAGACACAGAAGAUUUGCUACAAGUUCUUGGACCAGACCAGCCGCAGCUUCAGCACUGUCAUCAAAGAGCUGCAUCCAGAGCUUCUCCUCCCUAUCACAGUCUUCUACCUUGUCCUCCGUGGUCUGGAUACCAUUGAGGAUGAUACCUCCAUUCCCCUUGAGACCAAGGAGCCCCUCCUUAGGAAUUUCAAGGACUUCCUCACCCAGGAUGGCUGGAACUUCACUGGGAACCGCCCUGAGGAGAAGGAUCGGGAGCUGCUGGUUCAGUUCCAGAGUAUCAUUGCCGAGUUUAAGAACAUGAAGCCCGCCUAUCAGGCUAUUGUCAAGGAUAUCACCGACAAGAUGGGCAACGGUAUGGCUGAUUAUUGCGUCAAGGCUGCCACCGAGGAUGCUAGCGUGAAGACCGUUGAAGAGUACGAUCUUUACUGCUACUACGUGGCCGGUCUGGUUGGCGAGGGCCUGACUCGCCUUUUCGUUGAGGCUGAGUUUGGCAACCCCGCUCUUCUGAAGCGCCCCGAGCUCCAGAAGUCCAUGGGUCUCUUCCUGCAGAAGACCAACAUUAUCCGAGAUAUCCGCGAGGACUUUGACGAUGAGCGACGAUUCUGGCCCAAGGAGAUCUGGUCUAAGCACGUCGACAACUUUGAGGAUCUUUUCAAGCCAGAAUACAAGGAGGCUGCUUUGAACUGCAACUCGGAGAUGAUUCUCAAUGCUUUGGAGCAUGUCGAGGAGUGUCUCUUCUACCUGGCUGGCCUCCGGGAGCAGAGUGUAUUCAACUUCUGCGCCAUUCCCCAGUCCAUGGCCAUUGCUACCCUUGAGCUGUGCUUCCGCAAUUACGCCAUCUUCGAGCGGAACAUCAAGAUCACCAAGGGUGAUGCUUGCGAGCUCAUGGUCCAGUCCACUCAAAACUUGAACGUUCUGUGCGAGACCUUCCGCCGCCUGACCCGCGCCAUCCACAAGAAGAAUACCCCCAAGGAUCCCAAUUUCCUGAAGAUCAGCAUUGUCUGCGGCAAGAUUGAGAAGUUCAUUGAGACUAUCUUCCCGACUCAGAAGGCCGAGGACGCCCAGCGUCGUGUUAAGGGAGAACUCAGCCGCGAAGAGCUCGAGAAGCGCAAGGCCGAGGCGGACAGCAAGUCCGACGUCUUCUUCUUGAUGGCCAUCAUGGGUGUGAUCAUCUUCCUUGUGGCUGGUGUUAUGAUGGUCGCUGCUUGGUUCUUGGGUGCUCGCUUUGACCUUGCCUGGCAAGAGAUCCGUUCGGGUAACUUCCGACCCCCUGCGGUCACCCACAAGGAGCUCUGAUUCGAUGUAUAUUCUUACUUCCCCUUUUCUCGACGGCGUUACGACCUUUUAUUGCCUAAUAUUCGAUUCCCCCUCCGCCGGUGGCCUCCUGUUACAUUAUAUCCCUCGUCCAAACCUCUUGUGCCACCGGUGCCACGAUGUGUAUUGAUAAUAAUCUACCACUUUUCUUCUACCAACAACUAACACCCACUGACCUCCUUGGACCUCCUCAGCAAACAUUCUCUCCAGUCAGCACGGAUGUCAAAUUGCGAUCCAGCCUUUCCAUGGCUGUGGUUGUGCCGAAGAAGUGCUAAUAUCGAUCGGGAUUCUUUCUCUUUAACCAGUGAAGUACUAGAUUUGUGUCCGAUGACUUAACUGUCGCGGUGGCAUACGUCCAUUGAAGAUCUGGAACAUUCUGAUUUUGUAUAACUAACAUAGUUGAAUGCCAUUCUAUUUUACCCCUGUCCCUGUGCCUUUCCAAUCGUUCCUUAC